UGCCACCCCUGUGGGUAAGACGUGAUGGUACAUCCGGGGCAUGCGCAGUCUCUCACUUGGAGAAAGACCGGCCCUCUCCUCUCUGUCAUGGCUGCCGGUUGUUUAGGAGGGCAAAGGGCUUGUCCCUUAUCGAGUAUUGUGACCGGUAACUGCUGGGUUUGGCUUAUUGCGCUGCCUUUCUUAGUGGCCACUGCUCAGGGCUCUGUGUGCAGGCUCAAGACAGGAGAUGGAAGAGAGUCAGAAAGCUGUGGAACCAACCUUGAACUUGAGCAUUCCUUUGAACUGGAUGAUAGCAUCCAUUUCACAAAGAGGGGAUCUUUGUUCUGGAGUGGGACAGCGGAGCAAAGCAUAUCCAUUCUGCAGAAGCAACUCACAGAAGAUGAGAGAAACAAAUUACGGGAUAUUGCAAAUCUGAAUGGGCUUUAUCGAAUUAGGAUCCCAAGAAAACUGGGUAUUACAGAAGAAGCCAAUGAAUAUGUCACAUCUUUUGUCCGAGCAUGUUCCAUGGUUGAGUCCCAUCUCUCUGACGAAAUCACUGUUCACACAGAUCUUUCCGGAAAUGUCAUUGGUGUCUCCAUAGUGACUUUCCCUGGAUCCUGCAAUGGUGCAGAGGUGGAAGAUGUGGAUUUGGAAAUGUUUAACACUACUGUCCACAUGCAGCAGCCAAUCCCUGCAGCAGUACCUGAAACCGCCGCAUUUAUUGAACGCCUAGAGAUGGAACAAGCCCAAAAAGCAAAGAAUCCCCAGGAGCAGAAGUCAUUCUUUGCUAAAUAUUGGAUGUACAUCAUUCCCGUCGUGUUGUUCUUAAUGAUGUCUGGAGCGUCUGAUGCUGGCAACCAAGGAGGCAAUGGCGGAGGAGGAGGCGGUGGGGGAGGAAGGUGAUCGCAUUGGAUGGAUUCCUGAUGUUCCCUUUUAUAAUACACUGGCAAGCUUUGUGACAGCUGGCUAUUACCAGUGCAUGUGGACUGCAUCACCCUGCUACAUGCAGCCCAGCAUUCCUUUUCCCAUCAUCAACAAGAAGAUUCAGUUUAAAGGGAUACUGUCAUGGGAAAUAAUGUUUUUUUUUCAAAAUGCAUCAGUUAAUAGUGCUGCUCCAGCAGAAUUCUGCACAGAAAUCCAUUUCUCAAAAGAGCAAACCGAUUUUUUUUAUAUUCAAUUUUAAAGUAUGACCAGGCUAGACAUAUUGUCAGUUUCCCAGCUGCCCCCAGUCAUGUGACUUGUGCGCUGAUAAACUUCAGUCAUUCUUUACUUCUGUACUGCAAAUGACUGAAGUUUACGGAAGCCUAACAACAGAACAGUGGGAAGGUAACCAGAUAGUAGCUCCCUAACACAAGAUAACAGCUGCCUGGUAGAUCUAAGAACAACACUCAAUAGUAAAAUCCAGGUCCCACUGAGACACAUUCAGUUACAUUGAGUAGGAGAAACAACAACCUGCCAGAAAGCAGUUCCAUCCUAAAGUGCUGGCUCUUUCUGAAAGCACAUGACCAGGCAAAAUAACCUGAGAUGGAGCCUACACACCAAUAUUACAACUAAAAAAAAUACACUUGCUGGUUCAGGAAUGACAUUUUAUAUUGUAGAGUGAAUUAUUUGCAGUUUAGAAAUAAAAACGACAUCAUAAAAACCAUGACAGAAUCCCUUUAAAUGGAUACUAAACCUAAAAUGCAACUUUCUUUAUAUGAAAGUGCUCCUAGAAGUAGUGACAAAUAUAUAUAUAUAUAGUGUUUCUCUUCUGAGAAGUGUUUCCUGCUCAAGGCAAGUUUACUUUGCUCUUUUGAUGUCAGAGAAUAUAUAUUUGUGAAUGAAAUGAGGUGCAUUUUCAUAUAGGUUUAACUUGGAUUUUAGUUUUAAUGACGCUUUAAUUUAUUAAAAUCUUUGGAAUUA